UUACUCAUGUUUUAUAUGUGGCGAUGGGUUUAUUUUCACUCACUCAUAAUUGCAAAGUUUAGAUGUGUCUCAUUUUCACUGAUUUUGCAUGAUGAGUAUGUUAGAUGAACACAUUUGGAAGCUACUGGCUACAUUGAUGUCUUUAACCAGAAGAGUUUUUCUGAUCAACUAGGAUGGAAAAACGCAAUUUCACGGUGGUGAAAGAGUUCAUUCUGCUGGGGAUCACAGCUCGCCCUGAGCUCCAGGCUCCACUGUUCGCAUUGUUCCUCCUCAUCUACCUCAUCUCAGCAGGGGGCAAUCUGGGCAUGAUCCUCCUCACCACGACGGAUGACAGGCUGCAAACACCCAUGUACUUUUUUCUCAGACAUCUGGCUAUUACAGAUCUUGGUUAUUCCACAGUUGUGGGACCCAAAAUGUUAGUGAACUUUGUUGUGGAGCAAAACACAAUCUCCUAUCAUUUUUGUGCUAUACAGCUCUCCUUCUUCCUUGUGUUUAUUAUCAGUGAGCUGUUCAUUCUGUCAGCCAUGUCCUAUGACCGUUACGUGGCCAUCUGUAAGCCACUGCUCUACACUGUCAUCAUGUCACAAAAGGUAUGUCAGGUGUUAGUAGGAAUCCCCUACCUUUAUUGUACAUUUGUGUCUCUUCUUGUCACCACCAAGAUUUUCACUUUAACCUUCUGUGGCUACAAUGUGAUUAGUCAUUUCUACUGUGAUAGUCUCCCUUUGUUAUCGUUGCUCUGCUCCAACACACAUGAGAUUGAAAUGAUUAUUCUAGUCUUAGCGGCUUUUAAUUUAGUUUCAUCUCUUCUGGUAGUUCUUGUCUCUUACUCCCUCAUACUUGUUGCUAUUCUCAGGAUGAAAUCACCUGAGGGCAGACACAAGGCUUUCUCCACCUGUGGGUCGCACCUCACUGUGGUCACAGUGUUUUACGGGACUUUGAUAUUUAUGUAUGUGCAACCCAAGUCCAAUCAUUCUUUUGAUACUGAUAAAGUAGCUUCUAUAUUUUACACACUGGUUAUUCCCAUGUUGAAUCCCUUGAUCUAUAGCUUGAGGAACAAGGAUGUAAAAUAUGCUCUACAAAGGACAUUUAAAAAAGUAUGUGGUGCUCUUUACUGAAGUUCACAAUGAACAUGAACCUUAGAAGUUAUCUCUGGGUUUAAACUGACUCUAUUCUACACUCUAGUGCACAUACUGACAAAUAAAUAUAAAUACUUGCCUUCUAAAUACUACUCAAAAUUCUAUUAAUUGCAAAUACAUUACUGAACACAAGGAUAUCUUUUUUCUUACUUGUAUAAACACAACAAUUGAUGAAGUUUUAUGGUACAGUAACCUGUAUCUGGGGACCAUCAACUGUAAGAGUUGACAAGGAGACUAGACAUGCUGUAAAUGAAUGAGAAAAAAAAUUACAAAAUGUAGAUAAUAAGUUCAGGGUGGUGUGAUGUUGUAAAGAAUUGAGCAGAUGAAUUUGGCAAAGCCUCUGUUCCAUGUGUAAGGACCUGCGAGGCCUUUUCCAUGGUCCACACUGUGAACACAAGUUUUUGACAAGUUAGCAGUCCACAGUUUUAGUGAAGCAUGUAAUUAAUUAAAUCUACAUCAGACCAUUUGUGGAUAGGUCAUUUAAGAUAAAAUUCUUAAUGUCUGAUGUGAGACUUUCAAAGGCCUUGUAAAUUUUUCAUAUCUAAUCUUGAUUCUCUGCAGCCAAUUGUUGCCCAAUGGAUAAUUACUCCUUAAGGAAGAAUGAAUAUUUUUAUUUCAAGUUGUGUUCUACUGAUGUCAUGGAUCCUUGCACAAGAUGCAGACACUAUAAAGAGGCAGGUGUG